UGCGCACGCCGUACACACACGUGUAGCAUGCACGGUGACCCUACGGCACAUGUACCGUUGAAAUAGAAAUGACAUAAGGUAAACCACCUGCAGAGCGUUUUUAUGGUCGAAGUGCUUGAACUGAAUGACGAUGUAAUUUUCUUUAUGAUUUCUCCCAGUGAAAAGUGAGUCAUCUCCACUGUUUUGAAACCUUGAAGGGACAUCGGAUUGUUAGUUACUAAGCUGUAUUCUGUUUUGAUGAAGAUGAGCUGACGAGCAAAUCAUGAAUUUGCUUCAUGUAGAAAGUGCAGUGGUAGGCCUACUGCUGUACGUAACUUCAUUUGUUGGGGUUGAUGGACCUCCCACUGGGUUGGCGUUGCAAGCAAAUGAUAUACACCCACAAGAUGUUUGCAGUGCCUAUGAUGAGUACCGUGAUGAAGACUCAGGAGAGUGUGAAAUAUGCAUUAAGUGUAAUCCAGGAUUUGGGUCAACUGCUAUCGAGUGUGGUUAUGGCCGUGUAGCCAGGAAGGGCAAGUGUGAGCCUUGUCAACCAGGCUCAACUUACCAGGCUAAUGUGGCCUCCACAGAGUCCUGCCAGCCCUGUAGACUCUGCGAUGAAAAUGCUGUAGUCGUGUCUCUGUGCAACGUGACCCAUAACACAGUCUGUGGUUCCUGCAAACCUGGGUAUGGUAGUGAUCCAAAUCAUAAAGGUAGUUGUAGUCGCUGCACUCUAUUCAAUGACGAUGACAGACCAGAGGAAUGUCAGACAUUUCCAGUACCAACUGAACCACCUACAACCUCCCCAUCACCGCCUUUACAGCCACCGACUACAGAAGUACAUCCCACCACAGUGGAUAUUCCCCUGGUAACCACGGUCGAAAGCCCCACCACGUCGACUCCACUAGAUCCUGGAAAGGGCAGAUCAUCAGUGGAAGCUUGGAAAAUUGCCGUGCCAGUAUCAUUUUCAGCUUUCAUCAUCUUGCUGGUGGUAUGUUUUCUUUGGUGGAGAAAAGGCUCAAAGAGGCAGCACACAGAAGGGCAGAACAGCACUGACCGUGAGGAAGGAACAGCUGCAGCUGCAGAAAUGACCAGCCUGACAACCUCUCCCAGUGAUGGAGAUCCAUCACCGGCCACUCCACCUUCUGCCACACCUAACGGAGGCUUGUCUGAUCAAGAACUUCAAUUAGGAUCAACAGCUGAAAUUCACCCCAAUGGAAGUCCCCCAGUCCAGCAGGUGCCCCCUCCAAAUGUGCCUCCAGUUGAAGUCAACGAAAAUGGUCAGGAAACCAGAGAGAAUGGAACAGCUCUUCCUGGUGAGAAUGUGGAUGAUACAGAACCUGAUAGUCACUCUGGUGAAUGUACUCCAAACCAGGCAUGCUCACCAGGCCUGGUCCAAGAUGAUAACGAAAGCCUGGAAAAUUCCGUCCACACUUCUGCAGGCUGUGAUUAUGCUGACAGCAGGGGUUCCACCAAGGAACAUGCUCCCAGAGUAGUCUCUUCUCAUCUUCUGCCUUCUAUUCCAGAGAAGAUGAAUGGCAUGAAGAGUUCUGCUGAUAAAAAAUUCAAACACGUGAAGAAGUGUGCAGCUAAGACCCGCCAGCGUAGCUUGUCAGACCAAGGGAGAAUGAAAAGUCCCCCAUCCAGUCCAGAAAUACUGAAUAAUGGUGCUGAUCAACCCAUGCUUGACACAGCUGUUCGAGAAAAUAUCAACAACAAGAAGAAGAAGAAAGAAGAGAAGGAUUAUCAGAUGAACUUGAGUAAAGCCUGUAGUAUUGGAAGCUGGUUACACUGGGUUGAUCUAAGCUCUCAAUGCAGGAAAACAGUUCUGCAGAUGCUGACCCCUGGUGGUGCCUGCCCAUCAAUUUCCACAUACAAGGAACUAGGUGAAGCACUAGGACUUAGACGCGACACAGAACUGAGGACAUGCAAAGACAUCAACAAUGUUUUUGACACCCUUGCUACUCGGCAAGAGGUAACUCUUGAAGAUAUACUUCUAUGUGCAGAUAAAAUUGAAAGGAAAGAUGUUGUGAAGGUGAUCUGCAAGGAAGUCCUCCAAAAACCAUAAUGCAGUUGUGAUUAUCCAAAAUAAUGAAAAGGUUAGAUGGAAUAACAAAAGGUUGACACACACAAUCCUCAUAAUUAGAAUCCUAUACAAUACAUUACAGAGCUGCCUUAAAGCAUAGAAACUGCCUGUGUGCCUUAUUCAAACUGUGUACACACUACACUGAUGCUUGGUUUCAUCAAUCUUUGACUGUUGUUAUGUAUUGGCCUUCAUAUAACUUUUCAAAACAGUCAAUAACGUAUAAAAUUCCUGUACAAUUUGCAUGUCCAUCACAAUUCAUCCAUUCUCAUGGCACAAGCUAGUCAAAUAAACUGUGACAGAAACAUUCCUCUGUCAUUGUUCAUCCUGGCCCUUGUGACUGGUCUGAAUAGGGAUUGUUGAAUGGACUUGUGGGAGGACUAUGGCAUGGAAGAUGGACUGGCUUCAACACUGAUGAAGUGGUUGAAUUAUACAACUUGGUUUGUAGAUUUCCUGAAAUGUAAUAUGUAUCAAUUUACCAAUGUAUUUGCUAAAACAAAAUUUGAGAGGAGAAUUGAUGUGAUUAGUUUUGCUUUUGUUUUGAGGUGUACUUAAAAUAUCAGCAUAAUCAGUGUACCAGUUACUGCAAUACAUGUAGUUCUCAGUUAUGCAAUGUGGUAAUGCUUGUAUGCUGAUACAAAAAAGCCAAAGUAAAAUGGUGCAAGUUGGCGUUGGGACCAGUUACUUCAUUGAUUUUGAGAUGAAUCAGUUUUGUUUUGUACUUACUCUGCUUCUCUUGUCCUUUUCUGUUUUCUACUUUUCUAUCAAUUUCUGUGUACUUACAGCUAACUUUUUUACCUGUAAAUGUGUGUGUGCUGGAUUGUACUUUUUGCUGUUUUCCCAAGGGCAGACCCUUUUGGUCAGGGUCAUCAUUUGGAAGAGAGCAUGUUCAGGAUGUUCAAAAAAGUGGAAAGGGAAAGUAGACAUAAUCUGAAGGGGUCAAAGACAAGUGAUUCACACUAAAUGACGAAAUAGUUUGUACAUACAAACAGUACUAUUUUUUAUUCCUGUUUAGUUUUGUCUUCUUUUUCUUAGUUUGAGCAAAUCGUUCCCACCAAUGAUUUGGGAAAAUGCUCACUGCCAAGAAUAAAAGUAUGAACAAACUAGAGGAACGUGGUUAUGAACAACCACUGAGCUGUUUCGGAACUUUCUGUUUGGUGAUGACGUCAUCAUGACGUCAUAACUUUAGGAAAAUUCU